UUUUGCAGUGGUUCGAAGAAGAGGUGCAGAUGGCCGGAUUCCAGUCCGCACGUUAGACCGGGGUGCAUCUUCAUCUGCAGCUGCAGCUGAGCCGACUGGAUAUCCAGGAGGGUCGUACGAUACGUCUCUUUUGGUGAAGUACGAGCAUCAUGUUGCUCGACAUAUAUGGUUCGGUGAGGAAAGAGGACCAAAGAAAGAGUUGAAGGUUGCCGGACAUGGACUGAAGUUGACUUCUAGGGUUCCAUUGGCUCUUCCACCACAGAUGGAGAGUUGGGUAUCUAGAUCCGGUUUAGCUUCACUGCAGAGAACCAGUCUGAACAAGAUAGACACAAAUCUUGUCUCUGCAUUUGUGGAAAGAUGGCAUCUAGAGACAUCUUCAUUUCACAUGCCGUUUGGUGAAAUGAGCAUUACUUUAGAUGAUGUCGCAUGUCUACUUCACUUGCCCAUUAGGGGUAUCUUUUGGAGUCCUCAGGAUGUGAUUGAAGAGCUAGCUGUUGAACUUGUUGUUGACUACCUAGGAGUGUCACAGGGUCAGGCACAGUCACAUGUUCGGAGUUGUAGGGGGUCGUAUUACAAGUUGGAGUGUGUUGGAUUCACGAGUAUUUUCCAACUAUUGGAAAAAGAGGGGAGAAUUGGAAUCCUGCUGAAAACUGUGGUCUUCCCCGAGCGAUGA